UAUUAAACAACAGCAUUCCGUACGACAUGGCGCUCCACCUACAUUAUUCACAGAUUUGUCGUUUCUGUUUGAGCCAGGAUUGGCAUAAUCUGGUUCCAUUAAGCACGAUAAUGAACAGUACACUGACUCCGGAGGAUGUUGAACGAUUUACUGGAAUCGAGAAUCUAGAGGAGGACCAUGGCUCGUACGUGCUGUGUAGGGAUUGCCACAUCAAGUUGAUUAAUGCCGUAACUUUCCGUCACAGUUGCUUGGCUAAUGAAGCUUUCUUUAGAGAAUUUUGUCCGAAAGUGGAAGAGUUGGUAGAGAGUUGUGAUGAAACGGAUAAAAUUUCCGUGCUGGAACCCAUCGAAAGAGUAUCGGAAAUCGAAAUUGUUAUUGUUGAUAAGCCCAAGAGAAGGAAAGCAAGAGAGAUUAAGCAAGAAGAUGCAAUAGAACGAACUCCGUGUGCCUUCGUGAAAGAGGAAGAAAUAGUCGAAUUCGAUUACUGUGCAAAUCGUAUCGAGCCAGGCGAAUUGUACUCCAGCGAUGGUGAGGACGAUGAAACGGUGCCAGCGAAACACCUUGGAAAUCCAGUAACACUGGACAAGGAUGCACUGUUUGCAGAAAGUAUGCGCCUUAUACGUGCUGCACAGGAGCAGCAGCAGCAACAACAGGAAGAGAUAAGGACCAACGAAAGCAGUGGCUGUGAGAGCAGCUCCAACAAUACGCUCCUUCUACGGGAAAAAUUAUCCAAAGGAAACCGAUCUCAACUGUGUGACGUAUGCGGGAAAGUGGUACAAAAGAUCAGUGACCAUAUGACGACCCACACGAAGGAACUGAGGUACGCAUGUCCCCACUGUCCUGUGCGGAUGGCGAAUCAUGGGAAUUUGUAUCGCCAUGUUCAAGCAGUCCAUCUGAAGAAGGUGAUAAAAUCGUGCGAAGUUUGUGGGAAAGGAUUUACCAGCAAAGGCUCUUACAAAUCGCACAUGCGAUCGGAACAUGAUAUAGGGGAAACGUACUCAUGUAAGCUGUGCCCAAAAACAUUCAAUCAUCCCGGCAACUAUCGCAUACACAAUCUCCGUUGUCAUAGCGAUGAAAGAAAAUUCGCCUGCUCCACGUGCGGGAAACAGUUCAAAGAAAGACGUGACCAUCGGAAUCAUCAGCGUGUGCAUUCAAACGAAAAACCGUUUACCUGCAGCCAAUGUCCGAAAGGUUUCAAAAGUGAGUACGCUCGAAAAACGCACGAACUAACGCACAGUGGUGUCAUCUUCCAAUGUACGUCCUGUGAUAAAUCCUACCGCUACAAAUGCCUUCUAAGCAUACACAUAAAGAAGGAUCAUCCAGAAUUAAGCGUAAGCGCAGCGGAUGUCAACGAUGGAUUAUGA